GAUCUAGACGCAUGACUUAAAUGCAGGCAGACACAGCAACAGUAACAGGUAUAUUGAUCAUUAAAUCAGAGUUUUGUUGUCUUGAAUGAUUCAUUCAGUCAUUUCAUUCAUUCAUUGAUUUAUGUCACUUGUUUAAGUAAUCUAAAAAAAUAAAAAUAAAAAAUAACCCCGAUUAGGGGGCCCCCUGGUGGUCAGGGGGCCCUAAGCGGCCGCUUAGUUCACUUAUGCCUCGGGCCGGCUCUGGGUACCUGUCAAGACAAGACACGCCUCUUUGCAGAAGUUUCACUUCGUCAAAGUAAGCGGAAAGACAUUGAUGUGGAAUUUUGCCGUUGUUCUUGUCGGCGAAAUACAAAAACAUCUCCCCACGGACAGUUUGUUGUGAUGCAGGGUGAGGGUUCAUGCCCUCAAUGCCUCACAGAAGAUGACAUGAUGACAGAGGGGGAUCUGGGUGAUGGCAUGGGGGCCAGAUCCAGAGGACAUCAUGACCGUCUCCCACAAACAAAGAGCAGGGGGAGGUUUCUGGACUUCUUGUCCAAGUCACGGCCAAUGAAAGGGGGCAAUGAGAGAAGCAACGGGCCAUUCUCCUGGACAUCAUGCAGAACUAUGUAUGCUGUCUUUAGGGAAGAACUGGAAGCUGAACGAGUUGCACAGUGGGAGAAAAGACAGUCUGAAAGCUCCUCUGAGGACACAAGUGAAGAGCUGCAGAGAAGACUACAGGAGGUCACAGAGGAAGUGGAGCUGUUACGCACCGAACUGGAGGUCACUCAUCGCCACCUAGAGGGGAAACAUGAGGCUCUUAGGAUCUUGCAAGGACAGGCAAUCUUGGACAAAGCUACUUGUCAUACUAAAAUAUUGCUUCAGAAGAGUGAAGAGAGGAACAAGGCCCUUGAAAAGGAGGUUAAUGCACUGCAGUGGGAGAUCACCUUCAACCAGGUGCAGUUCAAGAAUGUGGAAAACUCAUGGAGUUUAAAGUAUGAGAGGGUAUUGGCAGAAAAUGAAGCCAUAAAGAAAGCACUAGAGGAGAAAAUGAAAGAGCACCAGGAGCAAAGGACAGAGAAUGCAUGCAAGUCGCAUCAUAUUUCCUACUUUUAUUUGAUGACCCCAAUAACUGGUUUGUUCCCAGUACAUAUUUAUGCAUUUUGUGUCUUAGCUCUGAGCCAAAAAUGUUUGGAGCUCCUGUCCAUGCUUAGUACUAAGGAAAGAAGGGACUUCCAGAGGACCCAGCCUUCCUGCAGCCUCAGAACAGACGGUUCAGCUCUGGAGCUGGCAGUUUAUGGGGCAUGCCAGUGUAACUCUAAUGGGGGCGAGCCAUGCUCUUGUGCUAGAAGUGCUGCUGCAAGCCGAAAACAAGUUCUCCAACUCAAGCAAGAGCUGGAGGAGCAGCAGAAGAGGAAGGAGGAGGCUUACGUUAUGAUGGAUGCUUUCCGUAUUGCCUUUGAGCAACAGCUCAGGAGAGUCGGUGAGAACGUGCUCCGACAGGCAGAGACAGACAGACACCAACUGCAUUACCAAAGACAUGAGAGGGGGAAGAGAGGGUCUCUCAGUGUAGGCGAAAGACUGAAAAGAUUUCUGCCCACAACAAGCGAAGAAAAGAUAACAGCCGAUUCAAAUGAAACACUGCAUUUGCUGCUUGAUCUGUUAAAUGACAAAGAAGAGGCCUUGGCACAUCAGAGGAAGGUGAGCUACAUGUUGGUACGAAACACUGAAGACUUGGAAAAACGUCUCCAGAUGCAGCUAGAGGAUCUGGAACCCUCACACAAAGACAGAAAAACAAAAACAGAGGCUUCUGAGGAGACUGAAUGGAGCAGAGAAGGAGAUGGUAGCCAUGGAUCAGAACACCUCACUGUCCCUGACAGCCCUACAACAGCUGAUGAUGAGCAGAUCUCCAAAUCCACCGAAAUUAGAGAAAAUAAACCUGACAAUAAAGAUGUUUAAAAGAAUAAAAAAA